UGGGGACCGCGAGGAGGUCGUGCACAGAACCAGUCGACGUUAGGGCAGCGAAGGAGAAACACGUGUGUCGUUUGCUCUCUCUGGCCAGCAAGAUGAAUGCGAGGGGCGUUGUGGUGGCGAUGGCCGUGUGUGCGGCGCUGGUAGCCGUGUGUGGCGGCCAGAUCAACCGGUGCUUCCCUGGCGAGAAGAUAGAGUUUGCCGAAGCGGAGUUUUCCGGCCGCGUCGAGCUCUUCGGACUGAGCCUCUUCCAGCAGCUGAGCCAGUCCGUGCAGGGGAAUCUCUUCAUUUCCCCGUACAGCAUCUGGAGCGCCCUCACCCUUUCCUACUUCGGGUCCGAGGGCAAGACGAGGGAGCAGUUGGAGAACACUCUUAAUCUGAAGAGCAAGACUCACACUUACUUCAACUGGGGCGGUCUGAGAUUGAUACUCCUCAGAACCCCCGAAGAUGAAGGGGUGACCUUCAACAGCUUGAACAGAGCGUACAUGAACAACAAAUUGAACCUGAACCGCUGCGUUUCCAACAUUCUGCCCGACCUUCAGCUGAUGGACUUCAGCCGGCCCAGCGUUGCCGUCGAGACCAUUAAUAACGACGUGAGCGUAGCAACAGAGGGCAGGAUCAAGAAUUUCAUCGACAACCUCCUUCCUAACACCAACUUUGUGCUCAUCAACGCCGUGUUCUUCAAGGGUCUCUGGCAGUCGCAAUUCGAGGCCAAAGAAACCCGCACGCAGGAAUUCCUCAUUCCACCUGGGAGGUCUGGCGGAAAUGUCCAGAUGAUGUCUCAGUCAGGCAGAUUCAAUUAUGGUAACGUGCCGUCCCUGGGAGCCAAAAUCUUGGAGCUGCCCUACGAGAACUCUAGUGUCUCCAUGUUCGUCCUGCUGCCCGAUGACAUCAGCACGGACUCCAUCUCUACGAAUCUCACGCGAGACACCCUCCAGGAUGCCAUUGGGUUGAUGUCCGAAGAAAUGGUGCACGUUGGCCUCCCUAGAUUCAACAUGUCUUCAAGAAUUGAAAGCGAGCUGAAGAAUAGCCUGGAGAGCUUGGGCAUCGUUGACUUGUUCGUGCCCGGAGUCGCCAACCUGACGGCCUUCGAUCGCUUCGCCAACCUGAACGUGGACGAAGCCAUCCACCAGGCGACGGUCGAAGUCACCGAGGAAGGCACGGUCGCCACGGCAGCCACAGGUCUGAUCAACACGAGAGUGGGCAUCGGGCACAAGUCGUUCGUGUGCAACCGGCCCUUCGUUUACCUCAUCUACAACAAGGUUCUCGGAAUUACUCUCUUCGCUGGUCGGUACUCAACGCCUACGUAGUGUCAGCAGACAGGAUAGAAAGAUCAAGACAUGGAGAGA